GCGUUGCUGCUUCCUGCCUGUACUUCACGUCAGGCCGGGGCAGCGGCUCUCUCCUGGCGGGUUCGGCGUGCGGGCAGCUGAAAACGGCUGAGGAAGAUGUAAACGUUUGACAGUUUCGCUGAUGGCGUUUGGCGGGGAGAAGGGUCUCCAGGGGCUGCAGCAGAGACGUACGGUAUUAACAUUCAUACAUCAUUUUACGCCGAGUCAGGCGUCUGGCGCUGAGUAACUCGGGUUUCGUUUGCUGGUUUUGGGGAACAACGGACAGGGAACGUGCCCCGUGAGGCCCGCGGGCUGCAGCCGGGUGAGGAGCUGGCGCGUGCAAGCGCGGCCCCGCCGCGGGGGCCGUUCUCGGCCGUCACAGCGCUCGGGCUCGGCGGCAGGCAGCGCCCGCCCUGCGUACCGGCGGCAGCGAAUGACUGCGUGACCCAACACAGCUCCAGGCUAUGAACUGACCGACCGUUUGUGCCAUACGGAGUUAGCGCGUUAAAGCAUCCUGUUGCCUCAUCAGCAGAAAUUGCUGAGAAUCACCGUUGAAAUAAUUUGCUCAAGGUUGAAACGCAAGGUUUGCUUUAGAUGGUGGGUACUGGAACGGGGAGAUCCCUCCGGGACUCCUGAGAGAAGAAACGACUCCAGCUGUGUAUAUACAACGGCGUAAUGCUGAAUAUCCUGACCCGGAGAAAACCCUCUUAAAAAAAACAAACAAACAAACAAACAAAAAAACCCCAACCAAACAAAAAGUGUUGACUGUUUCCCCUCCCGCCGUUUGUCCUGCCUUCUGCUCAUCCCCGGCCACCUGGAACCGGUAUCGGCCCGGGUCAUUUACGUCUGUCCCAGCACCGCGCCUCACCGCACGGCGAUACACGCACGCCCAAACAGCCAAAGCAACCGAGUCCCCACCUGCGCUUCGUUAAAUAACGUGCAUUUAGCUAGGAAGGCAUGCUGUCAUUCUGCAUGACGUUAGGGCCGUGUUACAUUCCCGCAUUUUGGCACUCUGCCUCCUAACUCCUCCCGAGGAGGAGUCUAUUCUCCCGGCAACUUAGAAUAAAGGGGCUCUGACGCCACGUGCUCCGUUUCCAGCCGUGCAGCUGCGCCGGUUUUAACCGAGCGGGGUGACGCAGCCGCGACGCGCACCUGCUGCUGUGCGGGAGCUCGCUUCGGGUGCGCCUUGCUUCUCCAGGGGACACCAGGCCCCGCUCCCGCCGCCCCUUCCCGCAGAGCCCCGGUGUCACUGGCGCGCGGCCCGGACACACCGCCGGCCCGCUGGGGGGCGCUGUGCGCAGCGGCGCCCCGCCCCUCCCCUCCCGUGCCGCGUUCUGGCCGCGGUGCUGGUCGGGAGUUGUGGUCCCGCGCGGCACGUGCGCGAGGAGCGGGGCCGGGCCGGUGGCCGCCAUGCCCAAGGUGCGGGCGGGGAAGCGGCCGCGGCAGGAGCGCCAGGAGGGCCGCGCUACCGGCAUCCGCUUCAACACCGGGGCCGGCCAGCACAUACUGAAGAACCCCCUCGUCGUCAACAGCAUCAUCGAGAAGGCUGCCCUGCGACGCACAGAUGUCAUUCUGGAAGUAGGCCCUGGAACCGGUAACCUGACAGUAAAGAUGUUAGAGAAAGUGAAAAAAGUUAUUGCUUGUGAAAUUGAUCCUAGACUUGUUGGUGAACUUCAGAAGAGAGUCCAGGGCACGUGUCUUGCAAACAAACUUGAAAUCAAGGUUGGAGAUGUCUUGAAAACAGACUUACCGUUCUUUGAUGCAUGUGUGGCUAACUUGCCUUACCAGAUUUCUUCACCUUUUGUUUUCAAGUUGUUGCUUCAUAGACCUUUUUUCAGGUGUGCAAUACUUAUGUUUCAAAGGGAAUUUGCCCUCCGUUUGGUUGCAAAACCAGGAACAAAACUGUACUGCAGACUCUCUAUUAAUACUCAGUUAUUAGCUCGAGUGGACCAUCUGAUGAAGGUUGGAAAGAACAACUUCAGGCCUCCUCCCAAAGUUGAAUCCAGCGUGGUCAGAAUAGAGCCAAAGAACCCACCACCACCUAUCAACUUCCAGGAGUGGGAUGGUCUGGUAAGGAUAGCCUUCGUUAGGAAAAACAAGACACUGUCUGCAGCAUUUAAGUCAAGUGCUGUAGAGCAGUUGCUGGAUCAUAAUUACCGAAUUCAUUGUUCCUUACAUAAUACAGAAAUCCCUGAAAACUUCAAAAUUGCAGAGAAAAUACAGACGGUCCUAAAAAAUACAGGAUACUCUGAAAAACGAGCCCGUUCAAUGGAUAUAGAUGAUUUCAUUAGACUGCUGCAUGGCUUCAAUUCAGAAGGCAUCCAUUUCUCAUAGAUUCUACUCGAAGAAUGAAAGAUGUUCUGUAUUUUGUCACCGAAGUCUUACCUGAGUGAGAGUGACUGCAAUGGGGCAAGCUCUUCUUGCAAAAGCAUUGACUGGAACACACUGUAUGCACUCUGGUUCUUAAUCAAACCUUACAUGCAAUGUUAUCGCAGACAGUAGGCAAGAAACUGCUGCUCUGUGUUUUAAAAGCGAUAAAUUCUUUCAUGACUGAAGUGAGGUGCUGGACUUCCACAUGACAGUGUAUUUUUAAAUAUACCCACUAAGGUGGAUUGAUGCUGCUGGGGAAUUGAAAUCUGUGUUCUCUGAUCAUGGACUUCACCUCAGUAUAUUCUUGCACAAUACUCAACAGUACAACCUCUAAGUUUGGUCUGGGCAGCAAAAACAGAGUUGUAGUCGUUCCAUUUGUUUCGUAGGGGUUUUUUUGGUUUUAAAGUAUAUUUAAACACUUCCUUUUGAUUUGAAAUGCCCGUCUUCCAUUUAUCCUCUGGUAGCUACUCACAUUCCAAGCCUGUUAGUAAUGAUCUUCUCUUGGAGAAAGCCCAGUAACUGUUUCUCAGAAACAAGAACAUUUAUUUUGUAGGCUUGGUAUCAUUUACAAAAACAUUGAGAUACUUGAAACUACCAGUGUCGUCUCCUUUACCCUCUCCUUAUUGCAGUGAAGCCACUGUAGGAACCAGCAGAAAACUACCAAUGGGCCAGUGCUCAAAGCAUAGACAAAGGGGUUUUUGCCAGCUGUUAAUUCAGGCAGCUAUGUUUGUUUAUAAGAAAACUACUUCACCCUUCCAGGCAAGGAGGAGUUUUUAGCUGACAGCAAAGCUUUCAGUGAGUCUUACAGCAAUGCAUGCCUGUGUCCUGGCAGAAAGAUUUACUGAAGUGUCUUAAUGGAGUUUGGAUUAUGUGUAUUUGUUGUUAAGGACAAGGCAGAGUUUUCCCAAGGAGGUUUGCAUUACCUCUGCAGAGCAGCUGUCAAAAGAAAAAUCCACUUUGGUCUGCCUUACAAGUCAGGAAAAUAGUAACUGUUAACUCUGUAACAUCACGCAGGGGUGAAGGUGUGAUGCUGUGUAUGAACUACCAUAAGUCACUUCUUUCAUGUACAGCAUAUUUUUAUCCAUAAGACCACAUUAAGUGGAGAUUCCUAGAUUCACAGAAUGGUGGGGGUUGGAAGGGACCUCUAGAGAUCGUCUAGUCCAACCCCCCUGCUAAAGCAGGAUCACCUAGAGCUGGUUGCACAGGAUCACAUCCAGGUGGGUUUUGAGUAUUUCCAGAGGAGAAGAGGCCAAUUAGCAAAAACUCCUCCAAGAUAUAACUUCUCCAAUGUCAGUUGAAAAGUCAGUCAUUCAGAAGUACGUACAGAAAUAUGCACUUGACUUUGCAGGCAUCCUGAGAGGUUGUCUUGGAAUUGAAUUGCCCAUUUAUUUUAUAAUUUAAUGAUUCUAGUGCUGCUUCACUGCAUAUAGAGCCAAUUUAUGAAUGAGUAGCCACGGCAGUAUGCUCAGACUAAUACAGAAGGAACAAGUGCUGAAGAUCUGUGUCACAUUUCCUAAAUGCUUUCAUUUUACAGGACAGGAAUCAAGCAGACUUGUCUGAGUCCUGUUCAAGUCAUUGCAGUGCCAUCACAGCAAUGGGCUACAGGAAUUUGAGUGCCAUAACCAGCCCUAUCAGUUUAUCUUGAUUGUCGCUGCUUCAGUAUGAGUGUAGAGCUGACCUUAAGAGACAGCCUGCUAUAAACAGCCCCCCCUGCCGCAGACACAAUUUGCAUCUGCUGCCUGACAGGAUGCAUCACUUACAAGGCUUAGUAAGAAGCUGCUGAAAUCUGCCUGCCUCUGUGCCUCCUGUCCUCUGGUACCCACUGCGAACCACAGCCUGGUCGUGGCUCCAGGCCUGCAUGGAGGCAUAGUAGGGAAACCACUGUUUCUCACAUAGGGUGUCUCAAUCUUCAGAGGCAUUUUACAAAGUUAAGAUUUCUCUAGAGCAGCUUCAAAGAAACCCCCGGGUAUUACACAGUAAUGUGUACUAUCACCUGCCAACAAAAGCUGCUGCCUUCUAUUCCAUUUUUUUUUUCUUUUAACUCUGAUGGGCAACAUUCUUAAACGCUCAGAAAGAUGUGUGGUGUUUCCUUUAAGACCUGCUGCAAAACUAAAGUCAAGACAAUGCUCUGGGGAACUUCCUCCUGUAUGACAAAUUAGUACAGAAGAGCUAGCUCCAGAAGUAAGUAUUCACUCUGAGAUCAGAGGCCUUUUCAAAAGUGUAACUCCAAUGUGCCCAUAAAGUGAAACCCUCCCCAAAGCAAAACAGAACUUUCACAGAAGUAAAUUCUCAUCUGUAUUUCAUUUAAUAGCUUAAUUUAUUAAACACAUUAUGUAAAAUC